ACCCCUCUACUUCCGCUGGUGCUGCGCUUAACGCAGUGGUGACUUCCUGUUUGGAUCAUGAACCCGGACGCGCUGCUGCUGCUGGAGACGGUUCACUUCUCUGCGGAGAAACAUCGCGACCAGCGGCGGAAAGACAAGGAGCAGACUCCGUACAUCAACCACCCCAUCGGAGUAGCAAGAAUCCUGAGCCAUGAAGGAGGCGUCACAGACAUCGAGGUUUUGCAGGCUGCUCUGCUGCACGACACCGUGGAGGACACGGACACCACGCACGCCGAGCUCCAGAGCAAGUUUGGAGCGAGCGUGGCCCACAUCGUCCAGGAGGUGACCGACGACAAGGCUCUACCCAAAGAGGAGAGGAAGCGCCAGCAGGUGGAGCACGCGGCUCACUGCAGUCAUCAGGCCAAGCUGGUGAAACUGGCUGACAAGCUGUACAACCUGAGGGACCUGAGCCGCUGCACACCUGUCGGUUGGACAGCGGAGCGGGUGCAGGAGUAUUUUGAUUGGUCCUCAGAAGUGGUGAACGGCCUGAGAGGAACCAGCUCGGCUCUGGAGGAGAAGCUGGACGAGCUGUUCACACACAGACGCGUCUCAACAAACUGAAAACUGAAGAACUCCCUCCCAGAUACAUUAAAACUAUAUUCAUUAAAAAAAUGGAAAUAAAUCUUUACUUCUUA